GUCUUCAAAGUGCUAUAACCAAAUCAAGUUCAUUGUAUUCCUAAUCAAGAAUCUAUUCUCUCGUGUGUGUUAGUCUUAGUGAAAGAAAGUUCGAUGGCAACUCUUCGCUUCUCAACUUUGGUAUUUCCUUUGAUACUUGGUGUUUUUAUGUUGAUGAAUUUUGAUAUUUCGAUCAUGACCGUGGAUGCGAGGUAUCUCUUGGAAACUCCAUUACCUGAAGAGCUUCCAAAACCAGAAAUACCUUCUUUGCCAAACCUCGAGUUUCCUCCAUUGCCAAAGGUUGAGUUACCUCCAUUGCCUCAUCUUCCACCCUUGGAAAAGCCGAAAUUGCCUGAAUUACCAAAAGUACCUAACCUUGAUCACUCAAAAGAUUCGUCAAACGUGCCUAAACUAUCUGAAGUUUCAGAACUGCCAAAACCUGAGUUCCCUAAAUUUCCUGAAUUGCCAAAUUUUCCUAAACCUGAAGUUCCAAAAUUGCCAGAAUUACCAAAUGUGCCCAAACCAGAACUCCCUAAGCUGCCUGAGUUCCCACCCCUCCCAAAGCCAGCAUUUGCCUCCCUUCCUAAGGACAUACCUUACCCUUCAUUUAACUCACCCCAUACCACCACAAUCAACCCUUGAAGACCAUAUUUGAUCUACAAAGUUAGAAUUAAACAUACAUUUAUAUACAACAUUGAAAACCAUGUGUCAUUUCUAGUCAGUGUGAGAUUACCUUUUUAUGUAAUGGUUUGUUCCUAUUUAUAUCAGUGUGUUCUUAUAGUUUACAUGAUGUUGCUGUCUUGUAGAUUUAUAUUAUGAAUAUAUAAAAUCAUAUUUUCAUUUAUCA